AUGUCAGCCUUCACACGUAUCCCCGCACAGUGGGACGAUGACCAAUCCAGUCAGAGUGAUCCGCCAUCUACACGUUCCUCCAACGAUCCCCCAGAGCAUGCAUCGCACUUUCGGUCCCGAUCAACGGCCGUCGUUCCCAGUCCCAAACGCUUGUCGGUCUUCGGUGGUCGUUCGCGGAGUAACACCACCACCUCAACCGCCUCACGCCGCUCCCCGAGUUCAUCCAUGAUGUCCUCUGUAGAAAAUGCCGACGCGCAUGACGAGCGGGCCCCAUCCGCCCUGGGCAUGCGCCCGGAGAGGUCAGAGCGUUCAUCCAGGUCGCUGCUCUCACGUGGAAGUCGCAUUUUGCGACGUCAAGGGAGCAAAAUCACCAUCGCCGCCACGCUGGACGAGGAGGACGAACCCCGGACCGAGAGACCAAGUCGGCAUCGAGGUCGUCAAGCUGAUCAUCAUGAACGAUUGAAAAGCAUCAUUUCCGAUCCAUUUGAUUUUCACCAUCUCACCCACACCAGCCCUUCACAAUUCGAAUUAUUAGACCAGGCACGUGAGAACGACCUCGUCACCGAGUUCUCAGUCAUUCGCGCCUCUCAGCGUCCCGAGGCUGGCCUCAAGGGUAUUCGCGCCCAAGAUCUGAGCUUCCGGAACUUUUCCACAGACGACCUCGCCGCGUUGGGAACGGCCACCACUGCGAAUGAGCCGGUUCCGCAAAGUCCUCCUGCUUCGCCCACCGCAUCAGUAUCGAUGAGUCCGAAUCGAGGAGCUCAAUUGCAGAGAGAGUCUCGCACGUUUGAGAAUUUUUCUCGGCCGGUACCGAGAUAUCCUCGUCAAUGUCCCACGACACCACCCCCACCAAUGGUUCCCGAGGUACCGGCCGAGGAAAACAUCGAGCCUGCACCUCGCGCCAUCGACGAGAUUCUGGGCUUGGGUAUGGCGCCGACCUAUCCUGAGUACAUCGGUACCGAGCAUUCACCGUGUCAUAUUCAAUUUGGACCGGUUUUUCACGACACCUUGGACAACACCCGGAAACCCUUCUCGAGCAACCAGCAGGAGCUGGAAGAGGUCCCGGAGGAAGAUGAAGGUACACGGAUGUGGGAGAGUCCCGAGUCAAGCACGCACACGGCCCACUCUCGAUCUACUUCCCAUGUCAGCCCAGGCACCGUCGAGCCUCAUCGUAUGGGCCGUCUUGCUGCUCCCGCAGCGCCCCUCUCGAUAUACGUUGCGGAAGACUUGUCCCGGAAAUUCUCCGAGGCCCUGAGCUCGCCCACCUUGCCUCAAACGGUGCCCAUGCACUCUCCCAAUGAAGAGAUUGCGGCCGCAGGUGCAGACAGCCACUCCCCAGUUGUGCCUUUGGGUCCCGAUUUCUCGUAUGCGGACGACCUUUCGUACGAUUCUUGGGAUGCCGACAUUGACUACUGCUACGAUCACGCUGCCGAGUCGACCUCUGAUUUUGACUGGACACGGACCUCGAUCGAAGAAAGUCGGCCCCAAAUCAACGUUGCCGGUGCCAGUGCCUCCUGGGGGUUUCCCGCACCACGAAAGCUCAGCCGACACCUCGAGCCUAGUCCAUUGAGUACAUCGACCCUGGCAACUCCUGAUCUGGACCGCGCCUCUACGCGCUCAAGUCAACCACCUCCCUCUGCCUCGACACCCUCAACCGACUAUGACCGGGGCUACAUCCACGAGCCCACAGGCUACUUCCACCCCGUCGCCCCUUCUAUCCUCUCCAAACAACUCAACCACGAUGCAAUGUAUGAAGACUACCUCUCUGGCGCGGACCCCGAUGCCGAUUCUUCUUCCGACCGCCAUUUUCCCUUUCCCCUGGCUGGGCUUCACAACGCUUCACCGCGAUCGAGCUUCUCCCCUAUCAGCAAAUGCAACUCUCAAGAGAGUCUGAUGCUAUCCCGCGCUGCCAGUGUCGUUCGCAAGCACCGAUCAUCAGUCUCUACCACGUCCGUCCCAGAACUUGUUCACUCAUUAAGCAACUCUCGGGAACUGAUGCCAACCGAUCGAGUCGGUGCUGCAGAGACGUUGGCUCGUCCUGCCUCGGGAAACCUGCAUCGUUCGACCAAGAGUCUCGCCGAGACUCACCUGCUCACGCAUGCCGAUAGCAACGCAAGCCUUGCAAGUGCAGAGUCUGCACUCGCUGCGCAGCAUGAUCGCUCCAAGAGUGUUCCUGAUGCUGUCACCGAAGCUGAGACCGUCAGUCUCAGCGGGAGCAGUGGAAAUGGGAUCAGUGCAUCCACCACCCCAGCACUUCCGAACCUGCCCAACAGAAAUUCCAAUCGCAAAAAGUCCCGCACCACUUCAUACUCACUCUUUCCUACCGCUGCGAGCUGA